AUGCGACACUCGCUUAUGACAGAAAACCUCACGCCGCUGAUGCCUUCGGACCAAUUUACGAUAAUGCACCACUCUCAGCAGCCCAGUUCCUCUGCCGCUGCUGCCGCUGCAGUCACUGCGUCCCUCGGGUUCACCUCCGAGCUCAUUCACGCUUCCAUCGUCGCCGCAACACAAUCGUCCCAGUCUCAGUCCCAGAAUCGGUCUCAUUCCACCAGUGCAUCAACCCAUCAGGAACCUAUGAGUAACAACAGCAGCAACAGCAACAGCUGUGGAAUCGACUCCAAUAGCAGUAGCAAUGGCAACCACACAGCAUAUCAGCAACCACCCAAGAAGCCUCGCAGCACCACUUGUGUUUCUGCCCCGAGAAUGUCCCGGUCCUCACUUGCGACACUAGAGUACUCCGUCCAUGCUUCGCCACGAAGAAUGACCCGGGAUCUGGGAACAGUCUUCCCCAACAAGGACCUUUCGAACUUGCUGGUCGUGCCAACAUUUCAAAGGUGUCAAUACGAAAUGGUCGCAUGGGAUGCUGAGAUUGCCAAGGAAAAGGACGACCGUCUGGACGAUAUUGAAAUGGGAAAUGUGACCCAGGGGUUGUUACAGCGGGGCAAUGGGCCUCAACGCAAUUUGCUGGAGAUGAGUCGACCUUCAGAUACGUCGGAUGUUUCUCUAGGUCUGUUUAUUGACCACUCUUUCUUCCAUUGCGGCCUCCAGUUUAUUAGAUGGUCAACAGCACUCCAUGAUCGUCUCGAGAAAUUGGGCUACUGGUCUGACAUGACAGAUCCAGCAUCCGGCUUUCCUUCCUUCAGUGAACGCGGAAGAGACGUGUAUCCGGAUGUGGAGGGAUGUCAACUGCUGCUCAGAUAUGAUUUCCAGAACGCAGGAUGCUGCAAGGUCUUGUUGCACCCAAACUGGGGUAGCAAGAUCUAUCCUGCCACGUUCUUCACUACCUCACCUCUUGACAUCCUCCUGCAGGUUGUGGAGCAGGUUGAGCAAGAGUAUCGCGCAACGGAGCUGGAUACGGCACAUCUUUAA